CUAAAGCAUAUUCCACUUUCGAAAACUUGGUUAUAGUUUAAAAGAGUUGUCUUAAAACCAAUUCAUCUCAAGUUUUAACACAUACAACAAUGGGUUUUCAUUUACUUGGUAUCAUCAAAAGCGAAUCAUUUUCUACAAAACGAGGAGUUUCAAAAGGCGUGGACGUGCCAAAAGGAUAUCUAGCAGUAUAUGUUGGAGAGAAACAGACGCGGUAUAUGAUUCCUGUACCAUACUUGAAUCAACCAUUGUUUCAAGACUUGUUGAGUCAAGCCGAGGAAGAGUUUGGAUACAAUCAUCCGAUGGGUGGUCUCACCAUUCCAUGCACAGAAGAUGUAUUCCAACAUGUUACUUCUACCUUGAAUGGGCUGUAAAUUUGAAAGUGGAAGAGACUGACAUAGUUAAGUAGAAUAGAGACAAUUUUGCAAAUGAGGCAUGUUAUCUAAUUGGAAAAUUUAUACAUGUAUUUUUGGAACAUGUUAUCAAAUUGUAAAUUUUGAACGUCUAAUGACAAU